UAACGUACGCCAUUGUUUCUUCGAGACUGUUCGAGACUGUUCGGGAACUGCGGGAUUACCCCGAAUCAUUUGACUUUGCUCAGCCGAAGAUGCAGCCAGUUUUAAUCAGUUUCUGACAGUUGAUCGUGGGUACGAAGUUUUUUUUCGUAGCAGUCGUUCGAUUUGUUGGCUGAACAAAUCAUUGAUAAAAAAUCCCAUACGGGACGAUGGAGGUGACGACGUCCGAAUUUCCGCCUCGAGCGUAUCAGAUAGAUCUUUAUGAAAAGGCUGUGGAAGAUAAUAUAAUCGUUUAUUUGCCAACUGGUGCGGGCAAAACGUACAUAGCUGUUAUGCUUUUGAAAAAAUUAAGCGGUGAAUUACAAAUGCCUUACAGUAAAAAUGGCAAACGUAGCAUAUUUAUCGUGAACACUGUGGCAUUGGUCAGACAACAAGCAGAAUACAUAAAAAGACAUACGUGUCUAACUUGCAAAGGUUACAGUGGUGAUAUGAAAGUAGACGUUUGGAAAGAAGAUAGGUGGAAGCUGGAAUUUGAUGAGAUUCAAGUUUUAGUCAUGACUGCACAAAUAUUAGUUGAUAUUAUCACUCGUGGGUAUAUGAAAUUAGAUAGGAUAAAUUUGAUUAUAUUUGACGAGUGCCAUAGAGCUGUGUAUAAUCACCCUAUGCGACAAAUUAUGCAGUUGUUUGAAAACUAUCCCAAGGAACAACAACCACGUACUUUAGCUAUGUCGGCGACAUUAUUGAAUUCUAAUAUUAAAUCUGACAAAAUUCAAUCCACUAUCAAGGAUUUGGAAGUAACAUUCCAGGCAAAAAUAGCAACUGUACAAUCGGUAGAAUGUAUUCAAGAGUAUUGUACAAAUCCGAAGGAGAAUAUCAUCAAGUAUGAUACCUAUGUAGCCAGUGCAUUAGCUGUUGAUGUGAAUGAUAUAAUAGAGGAGUCUGUAAAUGUAUUAAAGAAUAUAAUCCUGGAUACUGAUAAAAUUUUUCUGGAAUCCAGUCCGUAUUUUCAGCCUAAAAAAAAAUCUUCCAAGUUGAUAAGUAUUAUGAAGGAUAUAAUAACAACCACGACGCAAACCGGUAUAUAUGGUGGUAACAAAUCAGUUUUGUUACAUUUGAUUCAGCUAGAGUAUUUAAAAAAAUACUGUGAUAAUACUCAAACGAAUGUCAUUCUGGAGUAUCUAAUUACGCAAGUUAUCAGAAUAAGGAAACUGUUUGAUGAGACGAUGAAAGAUUAUACAGAAUUAGAACGAAUUUACAAGUUUUCAUCUGACCAGGUCAAUAAACUAUUCAUAUUAUUAAAGAAUUUCAACGAAAAUAAAUUAGGCGAUCAAAAGUUUUGCUGUAUUAUUUUUGUCAAAGAAAGAUUUAUGACGAAGGUGAUGUAUAGUAUUUUAAAGACAUUAAGUGAGCAUGAUGAGCAAUAUAGUUUUCUUUUGCCCGAUUACAUAAUUGGAUGUCAAAAUAACCCUUACAAAAAUACCAGAGAAGUUUUAUGUCUUGCAAAAUGGCAAAAGGAAGUAAUGCAAAGAUUUAGAAAGGGCUUGUGCAAUUGCGUGGUAGCAACCGAUGUUGUCGAUGAGGGAAUCGAUGUGCCACUUUGUGCAUUGGUAGUACGAUAUGACCUACCGACAGAUUACAGAGCAUACGUACAAAGUAAAGGUCGCGCACGUCAUGGUACGAGUCAUUACACGGUUCUAGUGCCACGUAAUGAUGAUUCUUUUCUUUCAAGAUAUAGGGAUUACAAGAAUACGGAGCUAAUAAUGAAAGAGAUUUUAGUAGGAAAUGAAGUUCGCAGCUUACCCACUGAUCAAGAGAUUGAAAACGGUCUAUAUCAAUAUGAAAUCGUACCAUAUUGCUUGAAUGAUACAGGAAACGUUUUAACAGAAAACACUGUGGUCAAUAUAUUGAAUAGAUAUUGCAGUAGCCUGCUAAAUUGUAAGUUUGUUACUUUGGUGCCAAUUUGGACCUUGUACAAGAACGUCAAUGAUUUGUUUCAGGUUUCUAUUCAACUACCAAGCAUAUCGCCAGUGAAAGAUGUAAUUUACGGCGACCCUAUGACAAACAUAAGUGGUGCCAAACGAUCCGCCGCCAUGAAAUGUUGUAUAAGAUUGCACAAAUUGGGUGCGUUGAAGGAUAAUUUAGAGCUUGCUGUGCCGAAUGCAGUUUUGGAAGGGAAGGAUCACUUGUUCCCGAAUUGGCAACAUGAAGAUGAUUCUUGGUGUGGUACACAUAAUAAGAAACGGCGUCAUAAACUAGAGCAUCCGACAGCAUUAUACGAGGCAUUUCCGUGCAGCGGUAAAAAAUUGUACCUCCACAUUCUCCAUACGAGUCCCACAUAUUCUGUGCCGCAUGAUAACAGGCAUUUGGUCUUUUACAAUUUACUCAACGACAAGAGUGGCUUUGGCAUUCUUUCUAUAAAGAACAUGCCCAAGAUACCGUCUUUUCCGAUUUUCAUGAAUGUCGGCGAAUUAAAUGUCACCGUAAAGCCUAAUUACGCAACGAUGACAUUAAACGAAGAGGAUAUUAAAUCGCUGAAAAUAUACCACACCUUGCUUUUCAGUGAAGUCAUUCCAGUGAUAAAGAACUUUACGGUGUUCGACAAAGACAAUCUUGAAAAUUCCUUCCUAAUCGUUCCGCUGAACGUCCAUUGGGAAGUGAACUGGGACAUUGUAAGGAAAUAUCAACAAGUGGAGAAAGUUUCGUCAUCUACGCUCUCUCACGUCAGAUACAGUGAUUACGAAGUGGCAUUGGUCAACCCAAGUUACAGAGCAUCACCGAGCGUCUACAUAGUCACGCAAGUGUGCGACGAUCUGACACCCAAAUCGCUUUUUCCGACUGACGAUUUUGAAACUUAUAUCGAUUAUUACGAGGAGAAACACGGAUUAAAGAUCCAGAAUCUGGAACAACCGUUGCUGGAAGUAAAGGCGAUAUCGACCAAAAUUAAUUGUAUAAAACCAAGGAGUAUGAAACCUGGACUAAGCAAACGUAGACGAGCGGAUGUGUUGGAAGAUUUUGAGGAACAUCUAAUCCCGGAAUUGUGCCGGAAGAUAUGCUUCCCUGCUCUGUACUGGCUUAAAGCAUCUACUUUACCCUCCAUUCUUCAUAGAGUUACGCAACUCUUAAUUGCGGAAGAUUUGAGGACAACUAUUGUAAGUGAGACUGGUUUAGGGAUAAUAACACUACCAUCCGGCAGUGAAUGGCCCGCGUUAGAUAUGAUAGAGAAAGAAAUCGAGCCAGCGGAACCGUUAUUGGAUACAACAUUGGACGACACAGUUGAGAGCACGCAAACAGAGCCGGAUAUAAAUGAAGUAGAAUUAGACGUAAUGAACACCGAAUCCAAUUUGUAUCCUUGGCCAAAGGAUCAAGAACCUCAAGAUAUAUACCGUAAUAUAGAAAACAUUCAAAUGAUAGAUGUGCAAUACUAUUGUAAUUUUAUGCUAACCUGCGAUGAAGACGAUACCGUUCCGAACAAUUUGAACAAAAACAUCAAUUAUAUUUCGAAGCCAAUAGUAGCGGUGCCACCGUUGUACAUUCUUGCGAAAAAACAGUUACAUGGGCCUAGUCCGGCAGAAAUUAUGCAGGCGCUUACUACCAAGAUAUGCCACGAUGGGUUCAAUUUGGAACGAUUGGAGACUUUGGGCGAUUCCUAUUUAAAGUUCAUUACAUCGUUAUUCUUGUAUCACUCCUUCCCAGAGCUUAGCGAGGGUCAAUUGACGGCGAUAAAAGGCAAAAUCAUCGGCAAUCGCAAUCUGUAUUACAGCGGCAUUAAGAAGAGCAUACCUGGUCGCAUGAAGAUUGACGAGUUUAUGCCUAUGAGUACUUUCAUCGUACCCGCGUAUACGGUAUUCCGACCAUUGCAAAAGACACUGUUGGACCAGAACGUGUCGUUAAAUAUAUUGUACGAACUUACGAUACCAGACGAAGAGAGAUUAACCGGAAAUGUAAGUGCGAGUACAAGCAAUGCGAUACAGAACAUAAUAUCGCAAUGGAGUUUGGCGGAAAGCCAAACCGGCAUGGAACAUUAUUUGAAUAUUCAAAUCGUGCCCGAUAAAGCCGUGUCGGAUUGUGUGGAAGCGCUGAUUGGCAUUUAUCUCAGGAGUACCGGUAUAAGUGGCGCUGCAAAGCUGCUCCAGUGGUUCGGCAUACUUCCAGAUAUCGCGAUUGAUGAAUUACUGAACGGUACUAGUUUGUCCCAUAAUUCUACAAUCGGUGGAAAUCCGAAUGAGCAUAUGCCAUGGGCCGAUAGCCUGGAAAGAAGGCUUGGCUAUAAAUUUAACAAUCGGGCAUAUUUGUUGGAGGCGUUCACCCAUCCAUCGUACUCGGUAAAUAGAAUAACCGGUUGUUAUCAGAGACUGGAAUUUCUCGGAGAUGCCAUUCUGGACCUUUUGAUCACGUGCCAUAUUUACGAAUCUUGUGGCAACUUGAAUCCUGGUGCUCUCACCGAUCUGAGAUCUGCGCUCGUCAAUAAUAUAACAUUCGCUUGUUUGGCCGUGCGAUAUGGUCUACAUACCUGCUUGCUGGCCUAUGCUCCGCAAUUGCACGAAAUAAUCAAUCGUUUUGUCAAGUUUCAAGAAGAGCGAGACUAUACAAUUAAUGAUGAGUUGUUAUGGGUGUUGCUCGAGGAGGAAGAUUGCAACUUGGCCGAGUAUAUCGACGUUCCGAAAGUCCUGGGAGAUUUAUUCGAAACAUUAAUCGGAGCCAUCUAUCUCGAUAGUAACAGGAACUUGACAAAAGUCUGGGAGAUGGUUUAUUCUUUCAUGCACAAAGAAAUUGAUGAAUUUAGCAGAAAUAUCCCAAAAAAUCCGGUCCGUGUAAUACACGAACAUCAAAAUGCACAUGCAAAAUUCCUUGAAGCAACAUCGAUCGGAAGCAGAAAUAUUAUUAUGGUACCUCUAAAAGUAAACAUUGCUGGAAAGGAAAAGAUUUUUCAUGGUUUCGGAUCUAACAAGAAGUUGGCUAAAUGUGCGGCUGCAAAACAAGCGUUGAAAAGAUUGCGCAGUCCGAAAUAAGUCUUUCAUAUAAUUAACGUUAUAUACAUGCGCGUAUGUUUUUUACGUCUGUUGAUGCUAUUUAUAGACAAUUUAUCAACCUGUAGACAUAUAGACGCGUGUUAAAAGGAAGAAAGAGAAGAAAGACCAUUUCAAGACUUAACGGACGUUAUCAUCGCACGAUUAUAUUUCAGAAUCUACAGCAAGAUUUUUCGCGCCGUAAUUAAUAUGUUACAUGCACCGAGAUUUUGUCAUUUUUCAUAUUUCCUUUAGAACGUAAAAAAAAGUUUCCUUCUAUUUUUUAACAUUAAAGUCCAUUAAGUAGAGAUUAUUUACUCGAGCUUCUCUUGCGGGUAAAAAUCCAAAAUGAGGACUAACAUAAAAAAGAAAAAAAAAAAGAUUAGAAAAGUCAACAACAUUUCGAUCGCUGAAAGUUGCUGCGACAAACACGUCGUUCGCAAUCAAACAAAAUUGUCACGCAAUGUGGCAUUUGGUAGAUUGUAGAGUAAAUUUACGAUAUAGAAAAUAUAUUAUUACAUAUUUCUGAUCCCUUCAA